GUCUACAAGCGCAGCUGUCUAAAUAGCGUAGAUUUAUAUCGAGGAGACUGCAGCCAUUUUGCUUCAGAAGGUCUGUGGAAGAACCCUUCCGUCUGCUUCUGUUCAUCCGCUCACGGCCACAGUGCCUGCUAGUAUCAACAAUGAUUGAUGCCUACGCGUACUUCUGAGCCGGCAACGCGUGGAAGGGAAUUGUGAUGAAAAGAAGCCUGAAUUGCGAGGACAGCGCGGAUGGCGCCGACUCGGCUUCCCCCAGGCCUAGCGCUGCACACGACUGUGUUACGGAGACCCAGGGGCCCGCUGCCUCCGCGUGCUCGACCCACAUGCUGCUGGCGCACCCCCAGUCUGACUCAAGCACGGGCGCCGCCAUGAGGUCUGAGGGUACCUCACAGACUGUUUCCGCAGCGUCUGCAGCAUCAGGCUCGGCGGGGGGCUCGGUGGAAGGGACAGCCCUGGACAGCGGUGCUGCGAUCUGUAGUGGGGGCGCGCCGAGCAGCGGACCUACUCCGCAAGGACGGAGGCGGACGGGGCGAAGAGCGGCACCGAUGCAGCCGGAGGACCCCUGGGAGGCCUUCUGCCGGGAAAGCUGGAUCCCCACACUGGAAAACAGCUUUGGUCCCGACUGGCGGCAGCACUGCCCUGGGGAGGUGGCGGCGCUCAUGCAAUGGGCCGUCGCCACCCGGACUGGCGUGCCCGCGGCCACCGCUGCUGCAAUUCAGCGGGUGCAGAGCCAGCCGGUAAUGCAGCCGGCCGCGCUGCAACCGCAACCGCUGCAGCAGGGCAGCCAGCUUCAACAGCAGCAGCAGUUGCUGCAGCAAGCCAUGCAUGCGCUGCUCCUACCAGUGCCAGGUCAGCAACAGCAGCAGCACGUGGACGUCACACAGCUUGGGCAAGGUUCGCCGUUCGUCAUAGCGGCCAUCCUGACGGCUCCCGGGGGCAUAUCAGCGCCGCUCGCCAUCGGCACGCAGGUUCUGGGAGCCAUGGUAGGGAAGCAGCAACAGCAGCCACCGCAGCAGGUGCAGGAGGCGGGCAACGCACGUUGUGCGGCGCCCUUGCCGGCAGCUGCAACACCUGUGACCAGCGGUCGCCCUGGCGGCGUGGAGGCAGCCGGCUGUGAAGAGGCGGGCCUGCUGCAACUGCUGCAGCGUGGGCUAGAGGCGCGCCUGGCGGUGCAGCCUGUGCUUAGUACGCCGCGGGUUGCCCCAGUUGCUCCAGAUGCGUCCCGGGCUGUGCCAGGGGCCGCUCUAAUGGGCAGUGGCCGGGUUGAGUCAGGUACAGCUCCCACACCAACGGCCGUAGUAGCUGCGCGGGCGAGUAUGGGCAUCACCAGCAGCACCAGCGGUUCCGGCCGCACGCUACCGGUGCUGGACUUGUCUCGGCCGCCGCAGCCACCCGUGCUGGAAGCCGAUGGCUCGGAGGCGAGCGCGUCCAGCGGGGACAGUGGGAGGAGCGCGGUGACCGGAGCUGUACUUGACUUAGGCACAUCAUUCGCAGGCCGCGGCGGUACCGACGUGACUGCAGGCUCACCGUCUGCCGUCGCUGAGGCAGCGCUCCGGCUUGCGUACCGUUCCCCCACGGCACCCUCCAGCAUAGGAGCCGGCGCUGCUGUGAGCAGCGGCAGCAGUGACGGUGGCAGCACCGCGGCUGCAGCCACAACUGCUACAGCGGCGCUACAGCUUGACUCGCCGCUGACGCUGGCCGCGGCUGACGGCUCUGCCUCACCGCUAUACAACAUACAGCUGCCCGACGGGUCGCUGCUGCCCGUGCAAAUAGUGCCGCUGCAGGUGUCGCUUGGCGGCGCCGCAGGGGCCGGGGGCGUGGGUGCGGCAGGCGGCGCCGGUGCUGCGCCCGCAGCGUCGGCGUUGGCGUCUUCCACGGCAGUUUCCGGCGCGGAUGCGGGCGCGGCACUUGACCUGCGGGCGCUACUCGGCGGCAUGUUGGGCGGCAGCGCAGGCGACUCACCGUCAGGCGCUGGCGCAGGUGACUCGGCGGCGAUCACGGCGGCUCUGGGGGAGGGUGCGGACCUUGACGGGCUGCUCGGAGGCCUGCGCGGCCUUGCCACCAUGAUGGGUGGCUGGGCUGGCGCUGGCAGUCUCAGCGGCGUGCCUUCCAGCUCUGCUGCAGGCGGCGAAAGCCCGAGUUCCGCGGAGCAGGCCGCCGGCUCCAACCCGCUGAGCAACUUCGGCGGCCUCGUUAACCUUUCUGCGGCUGGCCUGGGCCUAGGCCUGGGCGGCGGGCUAUUCGGCCUCGGCAUGGGCAUGGGCGGGUUUGAUGGGCUGAUCUCGGGCGGAGGGCCCGCGCCCGGGGGUGUCGGCGCCGGUGGUGGGCUGCUGAUGGAGCUGCUGAACCGCAGCGAUGCCGCGGGCCGGCUGCCCCUCCACGCAGCGGCUGCAACCGGGAGGGCGACGGUGGUUGAGCGGCUGCUGGCGCUGGGCUGUGACCCCGCACGCCGCCUGGAGCGGGACUUCCUUGCCCCACAGCAGCAGCAGGGGGGUCAGGAGGGGGGCCCGGCGCAGCACGGCGGGACGGAAGGCGGGGCCGUCACAUGCCAUGACAACAAUGACGGCUACUCCGAUGGCAGCGGCGGCGAUGGCGGGGAAGAUGAGGAGGGGGAGGUACUGGAGCACGAGGCCAGUAUACCUCAGUUUCCCUUCGCGGCAGCAGCGGAGCCCUGCGGCGCUGGCGGUGCUGGCGGCAACGGGGCGGGUAGCGCCGUGAGCGUGGCGGCGGCUGCGCGGCAGGGGCUGGCGGUCGCGCUGGACGUGCUGGGGGACCGACUCGACCCGGAGCAGCUGCACUACCUGGCUGGCAAAUACGCGGAGCAGCAUCUGUGGACACCUGGGGGCGCGGCGGUCGGAGCAACCGCCCUCCCACCGCCGAUAUCGCCGAUGAUCACACGCGUUGCGCACGGGCAAGGCCAUGAGGAGAGCGCCGAUGUGCAGGAUGCGUACGCGGCCACCGCCAGCCGCGGCAGUAGCAGCACUCGGCUGGGCGUCAGGCGCCGCAACCGGCGCAGGUCGCCUGCAUCAGCAGGCGAUGAAGCGCCAACUGCGCCAGCCGCUGUGCCGGCGGCGCAGCAGAAGCGCUUUGACUCGUGUUCGCCGCCUGUGUCGGGGUCAGGUCAGCGCGGGAGCGAGGCGGGCGAGCAUGGUGAUGGGGAUGGAGACGGGGGUGAGCGCAGUGCUGACACCAGCGGCGCUGCAGCCGCCAAGCGCACAGCUGGGGAGCGGCGGAAGCGGCACGGCGACUCGCCAAGCAGGCCAUAUGAGGAAGAGCCGAGGCGUGGAGGAGUCAACAGUGGGAUCAGCAGCCGUGCUGAGGGCGGGGCCGGGCAUCGGGCCCCGGGUGCGGCAGCAGCAGCGGCGAGCAGUGUGCAGGGCUCCGGUCCAGCAGAUGUGGCCAAGGCGGGUGUGUCAGGCAGGAUUCUGGCCGCAGCAACCGCAGCUGGCCGCCGACGGCCCCGUCGGCUGGCACCGCCUGCACAACGGGCCGGGACAUCUGCCGCAGCAAGUGCAGGGAAGCACAAGCGGCCUGCUGACGGGGACGCGGACGAGGCAGGCGGGCCCAGCGCAGGCAACAGCGAUACCCGCCGCAGCGGCGGGGCCGCCGCCGCCAUAUCUCCGGAAGGGGACUUUGGCAGUGAGAGUGACGGCGUUCCGUACGAUGAAAACCAGGAGGUCCUGAUUUUGCGAUAUGGAGACAGCCCUGAUGACACGGAGCAGGGCGGGGCGCGCAGGCGGCUGGGCGGCACGGAGCAGGGCUGGGACGAUGGCAGCGAGGAGGAAGAAGAGGAGGGCGAGUGGCACGAAGGCGGCGACGCUGGCACCGGCGUGGUGGGCAUCCUGCAGGGCAUGGGCGCGGCGGCGCUUGAUCAGCUCGGUGCGCUGGCUGCGGCUGCGGGUAUGCCAUUGGAUGCGCUGGGCGGCCUGGCACACGUCAAGGGUGGCAGCAGCGGUAGCGGUACCGGCGCCGGCGCCAAUGGGCCUGUCACCAGGCCCCAAGCCGCUGGCACGGACGUCCUAGGCGCCGGUGUCAGCGGUCGCGGCAGCGGCAGCAGCGCCGCUCUGUCGCACAGUCUGGUGGCGGCGCUUGGCCGCCGCGCUGGCAGCGGCGUGAUGCCGGCGUUCGCGGCGCCGCCGUCCUUCCGCGGCGCCUCACCGCUGCACCUCGCUGCGGCGCACGGGCACAUGACCGUGUGUGAUGUGCUGCUGCGGGCGCCCGGCACCGACCCGGGCGCCAAGACCGAGCAGGGCUGCACGGCGCUGCACAUGGCCGCGCGGAACGGCCACGAGGCUGUGGUGGGUCUGCUGCUGCGCUACACGUCGCCGCCGCCACAGUCGCAGCCGCAGCCGCCGGGCGGGGCCGCGCCUGGCUCGGGUGCCGCGCCCGCGGAUGCCGGCCAGCAGCCAGCGCCCGGCAGUGGAGGCGGCGCCGGCUCCGGGCAGCUGCAGGUGGACGCGGCAGAUGGCCAGAUGCGCACUGCCCUGCACUACGCCGCUGCUAUGGGGCACUGGCGCGUGGUGGAGGAGCUGUGGCCCAGGGGCGCGGCGAUUGAUGUGGCGGAUGCAUCGGGCCGCACGCCGCUGCACUACGCGGCCGGCGGUGGGCACGUGGAGUCGGUUGGCAAGCUGAUCAUUGCGGGCGCGGGCGUGGGGCUGCAAGACGCCCAGGGCUACACCCCCGCGCACCUGGCGGCGAUGCACGGCCACGCCGAGGUGCUAGAGAAGCUGCUCCUGGCGGGCUACGAGGCGGACACGCUGGGCGGCCCUUGCGACGACUCGACCGAUGCCGGACUCGCCUGCACACCGCCGGCUGGCGCAGCGCUCGCUCCAGGCAAGGCGGCGCUACAGCCCCAAACCGCUGGUGCGGACGGCGGCGCGGCUGCAGCACCCGCCACUGAUGGCACUGCCAGCUGUAGCAGCAGCAGCAGCAGCAGCAGCAGCAGUGGCAGCACCGGCGCUUCCGCCGCAGCCGGCGGGCAUACGGCGCUGCACCUGGCGGCGUCGCAGGGUCACUGUGCGGCGGUGGCGGUGCUGCUUCAGCACGGCGGCGCGGUGUGUGUGGGGCGGCGCGACUGGCGCGGCUGCACGCCGCUGCUGCGGGCGGCAGAGGGCGGCCACCGCGGAGCCUUUGAGCUACUGCUCAUGCACGGAUCGGACCCCUGGGCCACCGAUGCCGCCGGCGCCACCGUGCUGCACUUUGCCGCGCGCGGCGGCAGCCUGGCCAUUGUCCGGCGGCUGCUGCAGCUGGAGCAGCUGGAGCAGCUGGACCGGCAAGCGCAGCGGCGGCAGGAGGCGGACGGCGCGGAGGCCGGGGCGGGUGGAGAGGCUGCGAGUGGGCAGCCCCGUGCGCCGAGGUUGAGCCUGGCCGCGGCCAGGAACGGCCAGCUUCCGCUGCACUGGGCGGCGGCGUGGGGGCGUGCCGAGGUGGUAGAGGUGCUGCUGGAGCUGGGGCCGGAGGCCGGCGGGGACCCGCUGUGGCAGGACGCCUCUGGCGCAACGCCGUGGCACCUGGCCGCUGCUCGCGGCUCCGGCGCGGUGCUCCGAGUCUUCUUGGACCAGCCGCUGCAGCCGCCGCAGCUGCAGCCGCAGCGCGGCGCCACCGUCGCUGCAGCUACAGCCGACCCCGAUAGCUCCCAGUCAGUUGCUGAUGCAGCCGCUUCCGACGCGCGCGUGUUGCGCCGCGCCGUGCCCGUGGCUAUUGAGGCGCGCGACGGUCGCGGCCGCACGGCCUUGCACUGCGCUGCCGACUGCGAUGCUGGGCCGGUGGUGCCGCUGCUGCUGGCAGCUGGUGCGGACCCGGCGGCCGUGUGCGGCCGUGGCCGCACUCCGCUGCACUGCGCGGCGCAGGGCGGCAUGCUGGGCGUGAUGACGCUGCUGCUCGGCCGCAUGGCGCCACAGGACGUGAACCGCCGGGACCUGGCGGGCUGGACGGCGCUGCACCACGCGGCCGACAAGAGCAGCGCCGACAUGACCUCGCAGCUGCUGGCCGCUGGCGCCUCGCCGCACGCCGCCACCGCCGCCGGCCUCACGCCCUGUCAUCUGGCCGUGCGCCGCCGCUGCCUGCAGCAGGUGUACAGCAAUCAACCCAUGCAGCAGCAGCAGCAGCAGCAGCAGCAGCCGGACCCUGUGGAGCUGCUUCUGAAGGCGGGCGCAGACCCGCGCGCGCGCGACGCGCAGGGCUGCACGCCGCUGCAUUUUGCGGCUCUGAGCGGCGACGUGGCGCUGUUUGAGCGCCUGCUGGCGGCGGCUACUGUGGCGGAGGGGGAUGGCCAGGGCAGUGCAGGGCACCAGGUGCAGCAGCAGCAGCAGCGGAGAGGGCUGCCGGCGGCGUUGCGGCUGCGAGACGCCCGCGGCUACUCCCUGCUGCACUAUGCGGUCGAGGGUGCCAAUAUGGCCAUCAUAUCGCGCCUGCUGGCGGCAGGCCUGGCCGAGGCGCCGACAGCGGCUGCGCUCAGUGCUGCAGCGCUAGUUCCUGUGGCCGUGGCGGCGCAGGGGCUGCCGUCCGCAGUCCUCGCCGCCAGCGACGGAGCAAGCAGCGCGGCUGCGGCCACAGCGUCGCCAGCCAGCGGGGCGCACACGCCCUCGACUCCCGACAUCGCCGAGUCGCCGCCUGCGUCAUCUUCGGGCCCGGACUCCGCGGCCGCUGGUGGCCAGGCGCCGCCGCCGCCGCCCAUGUCGGCCCUGCACCUCGCCUGCAAGCUGUGCCAGCCCGAGGCCGUGGAGCUGCUCCUGGCUGCAGGCUACGGCGCCUGCGAGCGAGCGGCCACGGGCGGCCAGGCGCCGCUGCACUUUGCAGCGAUGGGCCCCGCGCCGCCCGCGAUCACCGACCUGCCCUCGCCGCGAAGCCCAGCGCCCAGCCCGGCGCCUGGCGCUCCUCCAACGGCGGCCGAUGAGGGCGUGGAGAGCCCGCACACGCCCUCGCCGCUGACUCCGCACGCACGGGGCUCUGGGCAGGCGAGCGGCACGCUGGCUUCGCCGGAGGGCGCAGCCAGUGCGGGUCAGUCCGCCCCCAGUGCGCCGGGGCGGUCGGAUGCGGCCACGUCGACCGAGCUGGUGGCCCCUCCUGCCGCGCGCCCGCAAAGCGCCCCUCCGCAGCCGCAGGCACUGCAGUCGCGGGCGGCGCGGCUGCGGCCCCCGGGGCUGCUGCACGCGUGCCAGGUGCGCGUGGCAGAGGCGCUGCUGGCGGCGGGCGCGGACCCACGUGUACACGACGCGUACGGCAGGUCACCGCUGUCGUACGGCGCCGGCGCCGGCAACCCGGCCCUAGUGGCGCGGCUGCUGGCGGCGGGAUGCGACCCGCUACAGCCGGACUGCAAGGGACUGACCCCGCUGCACUGGGGUGCUGCUGGAGGCUGCGCCGAGGUCGUAGCAGCUCUAUUGGCGGCGCCCGCGCUUGCAUCCCCCUCCACACCCAGCACUUCGGCCGCUGCCUCUGGCUAUGGCAGCCAGGCUGAGCGGCUGAUGGCGCUGGACGAUGCCGGCCGCAUGCCGCUGCACUGGGCAGCGGAGCGCGGCGCAGCGGGAGCCGUGGCGGUGCUGGCCGGCGCCAUGCUGGCAGUGGCGUCGCCCUCAUCCGCAGUCGCAGCUCCGGCAGGUGCCGCCGCCGCAGCCGCUCCACCUAGCAGCGGCACGCCGGCGGGAUCGCCAGCUGGACAGGGCGCGGCGCCUGCAGCCGCAGCUGCGACGACCAACAGCGCAGUUGCAAACGGCGCCGGCGGCGGCAACGCACUGGUGGCGGCGGCCCCGGGUGCCAACCUGCUGCACGCGCCUGACGGGCGCGGCUGCAGCGCGGCGCAGCUGGCGGCUGCGGGCGGCCACGUGGAGGUGGUGGCCCGGCUGCUGGAGGCGGCGGGCCGCGCGGCGGGCGGCGGCGGCGGCGGCGGUGGCGAAGCUGGCGGCGUGGGACUGAGUGCGCUGCACCUGGCGGCUCAGAACGGACUGGACCAGGUUGUGUCACAGCUGUGCCAGGUGCCCAGCUGUGACGUGAACGCGCGCGACAGCGAGGGCCGCACGCCGCUGGCGCUGGCCGCCGGCCGCGGCCUCGCGGGCAUCGUGGGCCGGCUGCUGGCGGCGGGCGCCGACCCCAACCUGGCCUCCACGGACGGGCUGCUGCCGCUGCACGCGGCGGCGGGCGGCGGUCACCUGGACUGCGUGGAGCUGCUGCUGGACGCCGGCAGCCUGGUGUCGUAUAAGUCGUCCAACGGCGCCACGCCGCUGCACCAGGCGGCGGGCGGCGGCCACGCGGCGGUGUGCGAGGUGCUGCUGGAGGCGGGCUGCCCCGUCAUGGGCAGGCUUGCCUCUGGCGCCACGGCGCUCUACUGCGCCGCAGCCGCGGGUUGGGAGGAGGCGGCGGAGGUGCUGCUGCGGGCGGGCAGCGAGGUGGACGCGGCGACCACCUCGGGCUGCACCGCCCUGCACGCGGCCGCCACCAACGGCCAUGCCAAGGUCAUGGCACUGCUGCUGACGGAGGGCGCGGACCCGGACGUGGCCACCUCCUCCAACGGCCACACGCCGCUGCAUAACGCGGCCAGCGGCGGGCACGUGGACGCGGCGGAGGCGCUCAUCGCCGCCGGCGCAGACCUGGACGCCCAGAACAGCGGCAACGGCAACACGCCGCUGCACAUAGCGGCCAGCAAGGGCUACCUGGACCUGGUGGGGCGGCUGGUGGGCGCCGGCGCAGACAUGCACGUGCGCAACACCAAGGGCUGGGCGGCGGUGCACAGCGCCGCCAGCGCGGGCUUCUUCGAGGCCGUGCUGCGGCUGGUGCAGGCGGGCGCCAGCUGGAAGCGCGGUCAGGGCGAGGCGGACGUGGUGAAGCUCAUCACGCGCAAGACCACGCUGAAGACCUCCUACGUGGAGGGCCGGCUGCGGUUGGCGGAGCGGGAGCGCCACCGCAAGGGCGGCGCCGUGGCGACCGGUGGGGCUGGUGCGGCUGGCGCCGCCUCCGGCACCGCGCAGAGCGGCGCCAGUGGAGGCCCGGCCGGGGGUAGCGCGGCCGCUCGCGGCGUGGCGGCGGUUGCUGGUGCCAGCGCCGCUGGCGCAGGCGCGGGCGGCGGUGCUGGUGGUGGUGGCGGCAGCGGUGGGCUGCUGGAGGAGCUGGCGGCGGCGGCGGAUGCAAACAUGGCGGCGCUGCUGGAAGAAGAGGCGGCAGCGGCCGCGGCGGCAGCGGAGAAGAAGGCGAAGCAGGCGCAGAAGAAGAGCAAAGGCAAGGGUGCGGCCGGCAAGCAGACGGCCGGCAAGGGGGGGAGCGACAGCGGCACCGGAGAGGCGGCGGCGCAGUCGGACACGGCGGCGCACGAUGCUGCACUGCCCGCGCCGACUCCUGACGUGGCCGCCAGCAACGGCAAGGUUACGGCGGGCCCCUCGGAAGCCGACGCAGCCAAGCCAGCACCCGGCGCAGGCACAGGCAGUGGUCCGGCCGCCUCCACCGCAGCGGCUGCCAGUGUGGCGGCCAAGAGCGCAGGCGCUAAGGGCGGCAAGGCAACAAAGAGCGCUGCAGUUGCAGGCGGAGGCAGCAACAGCGCGCCCCAGCCGCAACAGCAGCAGCAGCAGCAAUCCGCGGCACACGGCCGCACCCAGGCUGUGCCCUCGGCGGCUGCCUCGGCGGCAGCAGUCGCGCCUCCUCGGGCCACCCCGACAAUCAAGUCACUCUCUGUGGACAGCAGCGAGGGCACGAACGCGCUGCCCUCCACCGCAGCCGAGGCUACUAAGAGCUCGCCUUCGACUGCUGUAAGCGCGGCCGCAGCUGGUAAGGCGCAGCCAAGCAAGAACAGCAGGGCGAGUGGCGCAGCCGCUUCCCAGACUUCAAGCGCCGGUCCUGGCGCGGCCGCCGCAUUCCACGCUUCCGCUGCUGCGACGCCAACCAAGGCAACAGCAACUAAGCCCCAAAGCACUGCUGCUGGCAGCGCCUCUCCUACGCGCCCUGCCGGCCGCACGAUCACCGUCCCCGCAGCCGCUAUCAUGGCCCCCGCUUCGUUCGCAGCUGCGCAGAGCGCCCGCGGCAGCAAGGGCGCCGCAUCGACUUCCGCCGCAGCUGCAAGCAGUGGCAACAGCAGCAGCAACGCUGGCGCAGGCAGCAAGGGCGUGACACUGGCGCAGGUGGUGGCACGUGCCCCUGGUUCCAAAGCUGCCAGCGGCAACGCGCGUGGACCGGCAUGGUCUGCAGCGGCAACAGCUGGCGCCCCCGCCGCAGCACCUGCAGGCAUGGCCGCCUCAUCCGCCGCGGACGCUUGGCCCACGCUCGCAGCUGCUGCCGCGGCCGCUUCGUCUGCGGCAUCGGCUCCCACUGCUGGCACCGCGGCCGCUCCGGACUCGGCUGCAGCGCCGGCUUCGCUCCCUGUGCAGCCAGCAGCACAGCAACAGCAGCAGGGUGCUGCGUCCCGCCCGGUAGCCGGCGUGUCAUCUGGCACAGGGCCAGUGUCGCAGCAGGCCACAGAGCAGCCCCCGCUGCUGCCAACGCGGCCGCCUCAGCAGCAAGCCGCUGGUCCGGCACAGGCGGCCUACCAACUGCACACGCCGCAGCUCUUCCUCACCCCGCAGCCGCCGCCGCCCCAGCCCCUGCACGGUGGCGCUCUGCCGCCGCUCCCGCCGCUGCCGCCGCUGCCCCCGAACCGCCAGCAGCCGCACAGCAGCCACGCCGCCAGCGCGAGCGCUUCGCCCAUCGCGGACUCGCUUCGCCGCAUCGGCCUGGGCUCUGGCGUCCAGCCACGGCAGGACUCGCUGCCAGGCUUCCCGCCCAACCUGGGCAGCAGCCUGUCAGGGGGCUACUCCUACCAAGGAAGCGCAGCCGAGACCAGCCAAGGCUUUCUGGGUGUGGGCAGCGAGGAAGUGCAGCUGCCUGCUGCGCUGGUCCGAGCGCUGGGUGGCGCCGACGGUGGCGGCGGCGGCGACAACGGCAACGGAAGCAGUCCUUUCAGCGCCUCGACCGCGCCGGACGCGCCAGGGCCGCGCAACGGCGCGAGCGGUACCUACGACGCGCAAGCGCAGCGCUAUCCGCACCAGCAGCAGCACCACCAGCCGCCACUGCAGCAGCAGUCGCCGCCGGUGGACUGGUCCUUUGCGACGGCCUCAACAUCCGCCGCCACCUCGGCGGCCAUGAUGACUGCAGCCGCGGGCGGCGGCGGCGGCGGCCUGGCGCCUCCACUGUCCUCCGCGCCGGACACGCCCUUGUUCGGCACCUCGCCGGCCCUGGCGCCACCUGCCGUACCCAGCGGCUUCACGGGUCUGGGCCUCGGCGCCGGCGGCCCACCACACCUGUACGAGGGUGCGGACCAGGCGCAGCGCCGGCAGGGGCUCGCAGCAGGCGCGCACCAUUACGGCCACGGCUACGGGGCUGCGGGCGCCGGCGCGGGCCUUGGCCUGCGCUCCGGCUCAGGCCCGGUGAUGCCGUCCGGCGGGCUGGCGGGGAUGGGGAUGGGCGGCCCCGGCGCGACCGCUGGCUUCAACGCUCGCGGCGACACUUGGGGCGCGGUGCAGGCGGUAAUGGCGGACGGCGGCAUCGGCGGAGGUUACGGCGACUUGGGCGAGCUGACCGCAGACGGUGGCAUACAGUCCAACACCCACGGCCAUGGGGCCGGCGGCUAUGGGCCUUACGGCCCCCUUUCAUCGUCCGCGCCCACGCACGCGCAGCAGCGCCACGCUGGCGGCGGCGGCAAUGACACGGCCGGCACGAGCUCGGGCCUGGUGCUGGGCAUGGGCGUUGGUCCGGUGCCGCUCGAGCUGCACCAGUGGAGCCGGGUAUGGGGCAGCGGCACCGGAGCCGCCGGCGUCGGCCCCGGCGGCAUGGGCUCCGGGUUCUUCCGCACAAGCAGCAACACCACGCUACACCCAACCGGCGGCCCUGGUGGCCCAGCUGGCCCCGGAGGAACCAGCACGCCCACGCUGUCGACUGGAGCAGUGGGUGCGGUCGCGGGUAGCGCCGCGGGCACCGGCACUGGUGCCGGUUCCGGUGCUGGGAUGGUCUCAGGCAGCCCGCACCACCGCAGCAACUCGGCGUCAUCGCUACUGGCGGGUGCGCCGGGAAGCAUCUGGUCCUCCGCCGCCGCCAGCUCGGCCGCCGUGGCCAGCGCCUUCGCACCGCCGCUGCCCGACUUCCCUGACACCCUGGUGCCGACAGCCGAGCCGGCGGCCCCGGCGCCGCGGCUGCAGCCGCCGCCUCCGCCGCCCAAGCCGGCGGUGCACCCUGUCGCUGCGGCGGCGGCUGCCCCGGGAGGUGGCAGCCAGUUCCACUGCCCGCUGACGCGGCGGGUGAUGAUGGACCCGGUGGUUGCGGCGGACGGCUGCACGUACGAGCGUGCUGCUAUCAUGGAUUGGCUGCGCGUGCACGCCACGUCGCCGCUGACCGGUGAGACGCUGGCUAGCCGGGAGGUGGUGCCAAACUUCACCAUGCGGGCUGCAAUCCAGCUGUUGGCCGGGCAGUAGUCCGCUGGGGUCGUGGCUGGGUCGGUAGGAUAGCGCGGCAGUAAGUCAGGCCCGGCAGGAGCAGUGUUUCACCGACCAAUUGUCGUGUACGGGUUGGACGGCCGGCCACUGCACGAAACGAGCAUCGUGUACAGGCGUGUGAGAGAGCCACACAGGAAUUGGCCAAGCUGGAGCUAGUAAGGUGCAAUGAGAGAAAUCCCAGUCCCCAGCGAGAUAAGUGUAUUACAUUAGGCAGGCGCGAGUGCAAGUUAGUGCCAGGUCAGGAACAUUAGAGACAAUGCAGGUUGCAGAGAGGUUUAACUGAUAUUAGGAGUGAUCCAGGUGGCCGAGCGUGGAGGCUUUGGUUAGGUUUGGUGAUUGCACAGUGCGCAGGUGCACAGAGAUGGCAUGGCUGUAGCGCGUGAUGAGAUCAGACCCGUCAGGUCAUGAAGCGGCAGGAGAAGAACCUGGGGCGGAAAAGGCAUUGUCACAAUGAAUGCUCUACACGGGUACCUGGCUGUCCCAUGAGGCGUGCAGUGCCAUGCGCCACCCCAAAGCGACAGGGUCCCCGGGUCUGAGGACCAAUGUAAACUUCAUGUAGC